AUGACUAUUCUAGGAUCGAAGGAUACACAAGUGCAUUAUGUCAAUGAUGCGGAAAGAGGUCAUGUAUGGGAACAAAUUAUGAUUAUGUUGCCUAAACAUGUUUUGUUAGUUAUGUUAAGUGCUACAGUUCCUAAUAAACUUGAUUUUGCUGAUUGGUUAGGGCGUGUACGUGGAACUGAAGUUCAUGUUGUUGCAACUAAUAAACGUCCUGUUCCAUUGGAACAUUUUCUGUUUACUGGUAUGGAUGGUCAACGUAGUAAAGAUCAUCUUCAUCUUAUUGUAGAUCAAGCUGGUCAAUUCAAUUUACCAGGUUACAAACAGGCAAGUCGUAUGCUUAGCGGUGAAAAAGAUGUUGAUAAAAAGAAACCGGCUGAGAAUCCAGUAAAUUCAUCAAAUACUAAAAACGUACCACGAAAGAAUACUGGUGGUAAAGUGAAUACUCCAGGUCAUUUCCGUCCAUUACCGCCGAUUAACGGAAUAAGUGUACAUGAUCAUCGUACCAAGAAUUUAUGGCUUGGAGUAGUGCACCUUCUUCAGGAGCGUGAUCUGAUGCCAGCUAUAGCAUUUGCAUUUUCUCGAUCAUCACUUGAAACUUUAGCUGGUCAUUUGUCUUCAGUGGACUUGUUAAAUUCAAGUGAAAAACAACAAGUUAAAAACUUUCUACAUUGUUCUGUCACUAAACGACUAAAAAGAUGUGAUCGUCAACUUGCUUCAGUUCAGUUUAUUAGUAAAUUGGCUGUAAGAGGACUAGCUGUGCAUCAUGCUGGAAUGCUGCCUAUUUUGAAGGAGACAGUGGAGAUGUUAUUUCGACGUGGCUUAAUCAGAAUACUAUUUGCUACUGAAACAUUUGCAAUGGGCGUGAAUAUGCCGGCUCGUUGUGUCAUCUUUACUACACUAGAGAAAUUUGAUGGUCAGAAACGUCGUCCUUUAAGUUCAAGUGAGUAUACACAAAUGGCUGGACGUGCAGGUCGUCGUGGUUUAGAUGCUUCCGGUUCUGUAAUUAUUCUACUUGGUGGAAUCGGCAAAUCACUUACACCUGGUAGUUUUGGUCUACCAUCUGAGCAUACAUUAAAUGAUAUUAUUCUUGGCAGACAAACUCAAUUAGUGUCGAAAUUUAAAAUCACUUACUCUAUGAUAUUACAUUUACAUCGAACGAAUUGGUUAACUCCACAGGACGUUAUGCGACGAAGCUUUAUGGAGGCAGCCAAUCUUAGACGUGAACUCGAGCGUAGACAAUGGUUAUCAGCUUUAAACAAAAAACUAGAUGAAACAACUACUCUUAUACCACCGGCUGGAUUAUCAUCAAAUGUAUCAUCUCAUCAACUUGUUCGUGGUUCAACUAGUAAAGUUGCAAUAUCUAUGAAUAGCAGUUCUCGCUUAUCUGUACCGAUUGGUGAACCUAUUUUACAAGUGAAAUGCCCUUUUGGUCAAAUAAGUUGUUGUGAUUCAAUGACCACUUAUUAUCAGGCGUGUUGCAAUUAUCAAAAGCUUACAGCAACUAUUGUCCGUUUACUGGCUGAAGAAAAUAUAUCUGAUCUACAACGUGUAUUCUGUCCAGGUCGUAUAGUAUUUGUUCAUCUACCACAAACUGAUCAUUCAUUAUACAGUAAAGUACCUGUGAAACAACCCGAUUGGUUAGUACCAGGUGUUUUGGUAAAUCUGAGUAAGAAAAAAUUCAUGAAUGAAAGUGAAAUACAGUGGGAUAUUAUCACUUGGCAAUUGCCUAAUUUAUCAAAUCAUUCUAAAUCAUUCAAAAUUUCUAAUCAUCAAUCACCAAUUCAAAUUAAUUCAGGGAAUAAUGCGAAUGAUGGAAAAGUAGAAAGCAAUACCAAUAAUCAAUUCAAUGAAUUGGAUGAAGAGGAUAUUUUGAAAGAAGGUGAAGAUUCUCAAUUGUCCAAUACACCAUACCCUCCACAAUUAAUGCCAGUUUAUAUACCUGAAGCUACAAUUGCUCGUGAAUGUAUUGGAGGUCACUUAAACUGCACCGACUUGUUUUACGAAAACAUUUUGCCAAGUGAAUGUGGUGUUACCAAAUUCGGAGAAAUGAAGACUGAGGCUAUAAUCGUGCGUGCGGUUGAAAAAGUUAGGGAUAGUGUUUUUAGUAAAGUUGGUUCGCGACUUUCCUUCAAUCGAUCUCUUCUCAAACCGGGAGCCAUUAUAUGUGAGUCACAAGCGGUUGAUACUGUUUUGGAUGCCUCCCUUUCAGUCGUCUCUCGUAAGACGCUGGCCGAUUGGUUUGGUUCAACUGAAAUUAAUAUUAGUCCUUCGUCGCACACCGAGAGCUUGAAUCAUGAUAAAUGUGCGGAUAUAAAUAGGAGAACAAAAGAGCUACUGGAAAAAAGAAUUCGAAAUUCCAAACCUCGACAGUCGUAUAUUUUCCAGGAGGAUACCGCUUGUGAACUCCCACCUUUAACUGAACUUGUAGACAACCCUGCGUUCAAGUGGGAAUUCGAACUAGAUACCUUUCAAAAACAAGCUAUUUUAUGUCUUGAGCGUAAUCAAACAGUUUUUGUAGCAGCCCAUACUUCAGCUGGAAAGACAGUUGUUGCAGAAUAUGCUUGUGCUCUCUGCCAACGUCGAGGUACAAGAGUCAUCUAUACUAGUCCGAUUAAAGCUUUAUCGAAUCAAAAGUUUUAUGACUUCAGACAGACAUUUGGAGAUGAUGUGGGACUCAUUACAGGUGAUAUCAAGCUGGCUCCUGAAUCUACCAUUCUAGUAAUGACCACAGAAAUUCUGCAUAACAUGUUAUGUAAUGAUGCUGAUGUUAUUAGAGAUCUAGAAAUAGUGAUUAUGGAUGAAGUGCAUUAUGUCAAUGAUGCGGAAAGAGGUCAUGUAUGGGAACAAAUUAUGAUUAUGUUGCCUAAACAUGUUUUGUUAGUUAUGUUAAGUGCUACAGUUCCUAAUAAACUUGAUUUUGCUGAUUGGUUAGGGCGUGUACGUGGAACUGAAGUUCAUGUUGUUGCAACUAAUAAACGUCCUGUUCCAUUGGAACAUUUUCUGUUUACUGGUAUGGAUGGUCAACGUAGUAAAGAUCAUCUUCAUCUUAUUGUAGAUCAAGCUGGUCAAUUCAAUUUACCAGGAAAAUAUAAAGUGCGCCGAUUGGUGACUAACUUCGAGGAUACAACAACAGAACUUCCUACCUUAAAAAAACUGAUUCCAAACCCCGCAUUAAAUUGGUAUUUUGAACUUGAUACAUUUCAAAAACGUGCAAUCCUAUGUCUUGAAAAUAAUAAAACAGUAUUUGUAGCAGCACAUACUUCGUCCGGUAAAACAGUCGUUGCAGAAUAUGCCUGUGCUAUUUGUUUACGUCGUGGUUCACGUGUCAUUUAUACAAGUCCGGUUAAAGCACUUUCCAACCAAAAAUUUCAUGAUUUUAGGGAAAAAUUUGGUGAAAAUGUAGGAAUUAUUACUGGCGAUAUAAAACUAGCUCCAACUGCAUCAUUACUUGUCAUGACUACUGAAAUAUUACAUAGUAUAUUAUGCAAUGCAUCUGAGACGAUCAAUGAUCUUGAAAUUGUAAUCUUAGACGAGGUACAUUAUAUUAAUAAUCCGGACAGAGGAUAUAUAUGGGAACAGAUUAUGAUCAUGCUUCCCAGGCAUAUUUUAUUAGUUCUGUUAAGCGCCACUGUACCCAAUACUUAUGAACUGGCCGAUUGGUUAGGACGUGUAAGAGGUUGUAAGAUCCACGUUGUCGCAACAGAUAGACGUCCAGUUCCCUUGGAACAUUACCUAUAUACGGGUAAUAUAGAGCAGUAUGCAUCACAUCUUCAUCUUAUUGUGGAUGAAAACGGUCGUUUUAUCAAUUCAGGUUAUGAGGCAGCGGCUGUAUCGAAUAAUACUCGAAGACUAACAUAUACUCCUGGUCUUCGGGGCAAAGAUGGUUUCUCAAUGCUAACUAAAAAUACAUGGCUUGGAUUUAUUAACUUAUUAAAAGAACAAGAUCUUAUGCCUGUGAUAGCAUUCAUAUUCUCUCGAUCAGUUUUGGAAACAUUAGCUAGAAAUCUAUCAUCAAUAGAUUUAACAAGUCAAACUGAAAAAAAGCAGAUUAAUAAGUUUUUCUCAACAAAUAUUGAUCGCUUAAAAAAAUGUAAUCGAAAACUUGGUUCAAUUAGAUUUGUCCGUGAUUUGACUAGAAGGGGCUUCGCCAUUCAUCAUGGUGGAAUGUUGCCUUUAUUAAAAGAAAUUGUGGAAGUGUUAUUUCAAAAAGGUUUAGUGAAAAUUCUUUUCGCUACUGAAACAUUUUCUAUGGGAAUUAAUACACCUGCACGUUCUGUAGUCUUUACAUCAAUUGAAAAAUUCGAUGGUCAAAAUCUACGCCCUUUGAAUCCAAGCGAAUAUACUCAAAUGGCUGGUCGAGCAGGACGUCGUGGUGUAGAUGAUAAAGGUCAUGUGAUUAUUUUGGUUAGUACCAUUAGAAGAUCAAUAAAGUCACCUUUGACUGGUCUGCCUACUGAAAGUACGUUGCGAACCAUGAUACUUGGAGCACAAACUCAAUUAGUCUCAAAAUUCAAAGUCACAUAUUCGAUGAUUUUAAGCUUACAUCGACUAUCCUCACUUACUCCACAGGAUGUUAUGAAGCGUAGUUUUAUGGAAGCAGCAAGUCAUCGUUGGGAAACUAAACAAAGACAAGAUUUAUCACUUUUAAACAAUAAGCUAAAUGAAACUACUGCAAUAAGUUCUCACAACAAACCAAUUGAUAAUUGUAUUCAGUCUACUCAGGCAACAACUGCAACAUCUAAUUUGUUUAAAUCCCUUACUAAUGAUCUCGAUGUACAAGUUAAAUGUCCAAAUAAUGGACUUGAAUGUUGUCAUUCAAUAAGUCAAUACUAUGAAUUGUGUUACAAAUAUCGUCAACUAAAAAAUUCCAUUAUCUGUAAACUUGAUGAAAAAUAUCCUGAAAGCUUGCCAAAAAUUUUUUGUCCUGGUCGUCUAAUAUUAUUCGAAUCAACCAUAAAACAGUGUGUUUGGUUAGUACCCGCUGUGAUAAUAAAUUACUAUUGGGAAAAACGCAAACAUGGUGCUGGAAAUCAAUUAAUGCUGAAUACUAUUCAUUGGACACUACCUGCAAAUUUACCGAAUUCGUCAACAUUUAUUAAUGAACAAGGUCAUGUAGACGUAGUUGUAUCGUGUGGCAAUACUACUAUAACAUCUAAACAACUGAAUGAUAGUAAAAAUUCCAAUUACAAUGAAUAUGAUGUAAUCGAAGAGGAAAUUAUUGAACGUAGUCGUAUAACUGAAAUAACGACAGUACAAGUUCCACCACAUUUGAUGCCAGUUUUUAUACCAUCUUCAUUAGAAGAUGGAUAUUCACGUUUAACACAUCGAUCCAUUUCAUUGAGUGAUUCACUUGUGAGAAUUUGCAAUCGAAUUGUUACAUUUCAAAGCAAUAAAUCCAAUCCAACUGAUAAUGAUGAUGACAAUUUCGAAUUCAACGUACAUUUAUCUGAAAUUUUAUCACAAAGCAUUAAACAACAUAAUCAUCAACAAUUAAAAAAUAAUCAGACAAAAAAUAAUGUCAAAUUAUCAUCAAUAACUGUUAAUGGUAAUGAUCAUUUAAAAGAGAUUAAUUUGGAGCUUUGCAAUUGUGUGAAUGCAACAAUACCAAAGAAAUCUGUAAAUUACUACACUACAUUAAAAAAUAUACCAAAACAAAUAGAUUUUAGAAAGGAUUUAAAUUUUAACAUAACCGAUGAAGAGGAUAUUUGUUUAUUUGAUGCAUAUUGUACGCUAAAUGAUCAGCUAACAAUGCCUCUGUCAAAUGAUACGAUAACAACAUUGAAUUUAAUAAAUCUAUUGAAAUGUCCAAAUUUACUACAACAUUUAAAUCUUGUUCAUCAAACAAUUCGUCGCAAAUUAGCUAUCAAGAAUAUUCAAAAUAAUUUAGCUAAUUAUCAGUUACAACUUUCUAAUGAAUAUACAGGACGUUUGAAUGUUUUAAAAGAGCUUGGAUUCAUUGACUCGACUACACAAAGCUAUUGUCUUAGUUUUAAAGGUUUCUUCGCAAGCGAAUUAAUGACCAAAGAAGUUUUAUUGACACAACUCUUACUCGAUAAUCUUAUUGACAAUCUAUUAGCGCCUGACAUUGCAGCUGUUCUCUCAGCAUUUGCCAGUGAACUUAGAGCACAAGAUAUUACUGGCGAAGGAGCAAGUAGUUGUUAUCUUCAAGUAUUAAUUGAUUCAAUAAAUUGUAAUACUACGACUACUACUAAUUUUAAAUGUCAUGAAGAUUUAAAACAUAUUCCGCGUCAUUUACUGCCUGUAUUCAAAACUAUUUUAACCCGUGCCUAUGAAUUGGAAAAGUUACAACGACUUCAUCAUUUAACUGACCCAUAUUUGGAAAGUCGAUUAAAUCUACAAAUAGUUCAAUCAGUCCAUAAAUGGGCUAAUGGUUAUUCAUUUCCAGCAACAUUAUCAACAUGUGAUCUACCAGAAGGUUUAUUGAUUAAAAGCUUAUUACAGUUGGAUGAAUUAAUUCGUUGUAUCUGUGGUGUAUGUCGUCAAUUCGGUAAUCAUGCUUUAGGCUUAAAAAUAAAUGAAGCUAGAAGUUUAAUUCGUCGUGAUAUUGUAUGUUCACCAAGUUUGUAUGUUUUACAAGAUACAGAAAAUUGCUUAAGAUAAUUGAAUGGUAUACAAUUUUUCGCCCUAUCUGCACUCAAAACUUCAUUGAAAUUUCUCUGUCCGGUAAUAUUUUCCUAAAUUUCAUUUAUUAUUAUUAUUUUGUUUUAUCCUAUAAGAUUAUUUAUCAUUGUUAUAAUCACUCUCUUCUAAACGAUACAAUCAUCAUUUUUCAUCAAUUUAUAUUUACUAAAUACUUAAGAUUAAUUAUCUUUAUACUGUAUUUUGAAGGGGUGAUUGAAAGACAACACAGAUAGAUAGAUGCACAGCCAAAUUCAUUAGUUAAUCAGAAAAGUGAAACAUUUUAUUCAUCCUUAGUUUGUCAUGUAUUAUUUAUAAUAUCAUGAAUCAAUCAAGCAUCUUAGGACAAUGAAGUUAAUUAGCUUUAAAUAUUCAAUCUUCUUUCUAUGUGUGCGUUAGACAUACAAAUUGAUUAUAAUCUUACUGCUGUGUUAUCAAUAAUCGGUUAUAGUUUAUCAUGUCUAGGGAAUUGAAUGCUCAAUCUGAAAUUUGCUAUCCUUUUUUUUUUAUUUUGAUUUGUAAUUUGUAUCAUCUUGCUUUCAUUACAUUAAAAUUACUGUGUACGUUCCAAUAAAUGAAUAUGUUAC